CAAAGUGCCAUGCCCUCUCGAACGGACAACUGUUGCUGUUUAUAGUAAACUUUCCUUGUAUUUACGAAUAGAUAGUAAAGUGCAGUGUAAAACGACACUCUUUCAUUCCCGUCGCGACAUACCUUUGUGGAUUUACAAACUACAAAUCUAGUGACUUGUUUUAUAAAAAAACAACAGUGUAUCAAUUAGUGUUUCCGUUGUCUUGUGUUGUGCAAGUGUGAUUAAAAAAAACAAACGCAUAAGUCCAAUAAAAAAGGAGUUCGGAAAUCAAAGUUAUUUUUUAAAUUCAGGUCUUUUUAUGUGCCACGGUUCUUGAAAAAUAAAAAGUGUUCCGGAAAGUGAAGUUUCGUAAAACUUUUUUUGCUACUUUUUGUCGAUUUAAGCAUUGUUGUGUAUAAAAUGUCGCAUCAAAAAUUGCAAAAAUAAUGUUAUCGCAGACACAGAACAGAGUGCAAGCUAUUAAGAGUAAAUUCGAGAAUCUUAACAACGACAGUAGCUUCCGAAGCGCGCAGCUGACUAAACAACUUACUCAUAAUGACAACAAUUCCUGUAGCAACGAUAAAGAGAAUUCAUUUAACGAUGAACUUAAAUAUAAUAAGGAAAAAGACACAGAUUCCGACUCUAACGAUGAGUGGUCUUUGGAACCUAACAUGAGUUAUCUCUACAGUAAAAAUGAAGUAAAACGUAGCGUCAGUGAUCCAAAAAAGUCACUCACUCGUCAAACUAGUGAUCCUGGCAAAAAAUUGCAUAGGAGUCACGCGUUUCGUUGCGAUAGAAGCAAAAUCGUUAGCCCUAAAAGGCAUGGAAGUUGUAACGGAAGGUCUGAAACCAGUGAUUUUCUAUUAAAAGGCGAAAUAAAACUAAGCAAAGACAGGCUCAAAAGGUUAGGGAAUUUAUUAGAGGAUCAGAUGAGAAAAGAGAACUUUGUUGUGCCAAAAAGUAAUGAAGUAAUCGUUGGACAUGUUUUAGAGAUUGACAACGAGAUGGCUCCUCCGUUGUGUUCCAUACCGGACUCUGAAGUCCCCCAACACAUUCUAGACCAGUACGCUAAAGUCGUUAAACCUAAAAAGAAUGAUAAUGACAAACAGGACGGCAUGACUGAUAGUGGAGUGAGUUCAGAGACUGAGAAUUUAGAAGACGAAAAAUCCGGAAGAAUUAAAAAGCUAUUAUGUCAAUUCGAAAAGUCCGAAUCUCCGGAAGAAAAGGGUAAUUUAGAUACAAUGAAUGAUUUGUGCGCUUCAAGCGAGACUAUGAAAUUAGAACGUAAAAAUCCACAUUUAAUUCUAACAGAUACUUUGAAAAAGGCUUUAAAACAACCGUUGCCUCCUGGGCCGCCUCCCAAAAAGCCACCACGCGUAUUUGCCAGUUCGCCUAUACCAGAAAGUCCUGAACGACAAAAAAAAGAUGCUAAGAAAAUGUUAGAAAAGUUGGAACAAGUAUUACAAAAGCGAGAAGCUCAAAAUAAUACUUUAAAACCCGAAAAUAAUUAUGAUGUAGCAGAAGCGAAUUUGAGUUUGAAAAAACCUAAAGAAAUACACUAUUUAUGCACAGAAAUCUUAGAUAUAACACAUAAAACGCUGCUUCCAAACUCUACAAAUAAUUGUUUUAAAUCGUUAAAUUGUGCCAUAACAAAUAACUCUACACUCAGCCUGCCAUAUACACGUUUGAGUGCAGGAUCGAAUCGUGAAUCUAUAAAGUGUUGCACCUGUAGUAACGAUAGCCUUGAUAGAGACAAACAUCUGACUACAUUUUUGACACAGAAAUGUGCAAAGUGUCAGAUGAAUGAACAGAAACAUGAUCAGUUUAAAUGUCAUUUGAACUGUAAGUGUCGAGAGGAAAUGUCACAGUUCUUUGUUGACAACGAGCAUAUUUAUGAUGAGCCUUUCAACGAUGAUGGGCAUAUAACGAUUGGAAGACACAGCCAAAGGAGAAGUAAUAAAUAUGGAACAUUGAAUCACAGUAAAAGUUUGGAGGAUCUGCGGUCUGCAAAGAUUCAAGAGGACCAGAAAAUCUAUGACAUCCCCUGCGACAUAUCUAGACCUGCUACUCCUGAAGCCAUGGAGACCAGAGCCUCAUCAAAAACGCCAGACCCAGAGCCGAAUCCACGACCGAAAUCCGAAGUCAUACCACCGAAAUCCGACUUCGAAAGACUACGACAAAACUUCGAAAAGGGCUUCCAAACCACAGGCAACAAAAACCAGAGAAACAGUUUAAAGAAUGAUAAAAUUCUCUGUGCCAACGACAGAAAUUCCGUUACCAAUGACAAAGUUCUCGGUACCAAUGAAAAAAUUUUCGGUACCAAUGCCAGAAAUUCCGUUACCAAUGAUAAAAUUACCGGUACCAAUGAAAACAUUUACGGUACUAUUGAAAGAAUUAAGACUGAUUUGACGUCAAGUAUCAAAAAUGUUGGCCACGACGAUGUUAAACGACCAAGCUUGGAAAAGCCACCAAUGCGACCAAAGCCAAUUUUUGUUAAAAAUAAAACCUCGAAAUCUUCUGAGAGUCUUCUAGAAGAUGCUAUAGUAGAAGGGAAAGUAACAGACAAUAAAUAUUCCACAGAAGGAAAGAAGUAUAAGAGAGAAAGAGAGGUGAAUGGGAGAUACAGUUUGCCAAAAAAGGAUAGUAGCCAAUUGGAUGUGGACAGAGAAAACUUGACCCGUUUGAUGAACGAGAUCUACGAGACAGUGACGGCGUGCAACAUGGCGGACAACAAGCCGGGCAGCUUCCCAACAGACUCUGUCUCCGACACCAUUAGUGACGAUUCGGUAAAACUGACACGCAGCCUGACUGAAAAACGCAAAAAUUACGUUCGCCGCGUGUCGUCCCGGGUCGCGUAUCUAGACACGAAGAAUAUCAAAAACACACGUUACAGACACCAAACCUCUGUUUGUUCUUACAAAUCGGAAAUCGUCGACAACCCUUACAGCACUUUUCGAUCGUGGAAAAGUUUCCGAACGUCACAGAACAACCUCAAAAUGGAGCGCGACGCGUCAGACUCGAAAUUCAACCUGACAGAUGACAGCGGGAAUGUAUUGUCUAUGAAAAGUGACUUUGACAGCUCGGAAACCAUAGACAACGAGAGCAUAGACGAGAAGACGGGGUGUGUCGAUAUAGCCUUGCCAUUUGAGCCGCGGGAGAAAGGUUUGUUUAACGUCUGCCUUCUCGUCGGAAUGAAUUAUAUGACCGGCCAGGCUUAUGUGAAAAGCGUAUUUCCUAAACAGGUGCAAGUCCCUCCCCACAUAGAGAACCUGAUAUUCCCGGAAACAUUGAGCUCCACGUCACAAGUGAACGGCGGCAGAGCCCAGAUGCAUUCACUAGUGCUUACCAAUGAACGCGGCGACCGCUCUUAUGGCUACUGCCGUCGUGUGAUGCCAGAGGGCGCCACAAUCUGUCUACCACUGUGCUACUGCAUCAUUGGGAAGUACAGAGCUCCGGGAUUUUACUACAAAGUUCUACAAGAAAUAGAGUCGCACCACGGCAGUUCAGAAGUAGAAAUCCACUCGAUACUCCAACAACUCUUCGAAUCCGACUUCCCGAACCCUGGCGAAGAUAUAACGAUAUCGUACACCAAAGAUUACAACAAACACCAACCCGCCAUCUUGAAUGACGUUUCAAAGUGUAAAACUAUGCCGGACAUGAGACGAAGUGGCGGGAAAAGUGACAGUGAGCAAAAUUCGGAUACAAGUGUGUGCGAUUUUUCGGACCGCGAAAAAAGUGUUAACGACAGUGCAGAUAAAGUGCCAGAUUUUUAUGAUUUGGAAAACAAUAAUAGUUCAAAAAAAGUGUUCUUGUGUUUGGAUGCGCCUAGAACGAAGGUUAUAAAGCGCCCGAUCGAGCCGCGUGUUGAUGAAGACAAUCUAUCCGUGCUGCUUGACUGCCUGGGCGCAGGACUCACCAUCAAAGUCUUCGGCUCGCUGCUGCUGGAGAGGAAGUUGCUGGUCAUGGGCGACGACCUUCACCUGGUGUCCUCCUGCCUGGAGGGCCUGCAGUCAGCUCUGUACCCGCUGGUGUGGCAGCAGCCGCUCAUAUCCAGCAUACCAGCAGAGAUCCAGAGAGAGGUGCUGGAGGCGCCGCUGCCUCUGCUCGCGGGGAUGCUGACAACGGACACCAGUCAAGCAUCUAAUCAUCACACUGAAGAGGGUAUGCUCAUAGACCUGACACAUCCUUCCAAGGUCCUCUUCUACCAAGGAGAUGAGUCAACCAUCCUCCCGACUCCAAGCUAUAAGACCUUGAAGACUUCCCUGCAGAUGGAGACAAAGAAGGACAGGUCGGAAGACCAGAAAACCAGGAAUGUUAUGAUCUCUGAAGCUUUCCUGAGGUUUUUCGUGGACAUCCUGGGUGAUUUCUGGAAAUAUUUCUCAGUAGGGGAGGUGAAGGAAGGGGACUUAGGCAAAGGAGAUGUAGUAUUUGAUAAAGAAUCGUACAUCCGCAGCGCGCCAGCAAAGCAAACCCAAUACUUCCUUGAAUGGUUCACUGAAACCGCAAUGUUCAACCACUUCAUACAAAACAUGGCUAUCAUCCACGAACCAACCUUGCAACGUCAAACCUCCAAUACGUCAUUUACGUCAAACUCGACGUCCACCUCGCAAACGUCUUUACGUCAAAUGACGUUGGUCGACACGCCGCUGCCGAACUUCUACGAAUUGUUCAACGAAAGAGUACGGUGUAGAAGGAAGAAUGAUUCACAGAAGUUUGACAAGAGUAACUAUAAGAAUGCUAUGAAUAAAAGGAUGAAGCUUUUAAAGACUAAAUUGAGAGAGUUGGUAACGUAAAUAGUUGGUUAAUUAGGAUAAAAACUUGAAGCUAAAAUGUGCCUACAUUUGGCAACACUGUUGAGUGUUUCUAAAUUUUGACAGUUCUUCAUACUGUCCAGCUGAAAUUCGUGAUAAAUUGCUACUAAAUGUGGAGCAGCGUGGAGUGUAUCCCGUCUGAAGGAUGAGUCACGAAGCAGCCAGUUGGAAAACGGCAGUGUUGAUUGAAAAUAAGUUUUCUUCUUUCCGAUCUUUAGGGAAUAAAUAUAACACUAUGAUUUUGCAGUUAAACGCAGCGCAAAGGGUUAUAGUGUAAAAAUAUAACCAAAACGAUAUGUUUGUUUACUCAUAUGGUAUGGGGAACUGUCAAAAUUUAAGAACACUCAACAGUAGCGACACCUGACGGGAGAAAUAGGCAGUUUUUAUUCUCUUUGUAUGAAAAGGAUAAUGAGUCAAAAUGAGUAUGUAGCGGACCCAACUAGUUGGCCACCUAGUUCCGCUCACAUGCAACAGAUGGCGCCACAUUCAAUAAUGCAGUAAUAAUGAAGUCUUCAAGCGGUCGUGAAACGCGGUAUCGAAGUUUACACGGCAAGACGCAUAUAUACAACUUCCAACACAACACUGUUGGAUCGUCGAUCCCAUUACCAACUUGUGGCUAGCGGGGUACUAUGCUCAGUUCGGUACCCCGAAAACAUCCUUUGGCGGCAGCACACCCUCGCCGCCAAAAGCAUAAGAGAGUGAGUAUAAGACCAGAUAUGUUCAAUCCUAUGACAAGCCGCCAUUGCUAGCCCUUUCAUGACGUAAGUGUAACCACUGUGUUACCAUUAAAUUGGUAUCUCAACAUUCCAUGAACGUAAAUUUUAUUAUACAUUUUUUUAAGUUUACGCGGUUAUUAUCAUAAUUAAAACACAUAAUAACACAUACCCCUACUUUAAACGCGGUAAGAACCCGUUAUUAUGUGUUUUAAUUGUAAAUUUUAUUAUUGAAAAGUAAUCGAAUUACUGACUAAUGUAUUUAAUUACUAUUACUUGUCAAAUAUUUAUAUAAAAAACAUUAAAACUGUAAGUAAAUCUUUUACUGAAAGUUCAAAAUUUCCUUGUAAAUUAAAAACAUUGGUCGUGGGUAAUUUGUGUUUUACAAAAUGGCAACCCAGGGUGGGAUGACGUCAGCUGGGCUAACCUUGAAAUGUUAGCUGUCACUUUUGAGCAUACCUGGUCUUUUUAUACUAUGACGCACGCUAUCUGCCUCUAUCAAAUGACGUUUGUGAGUAACAGCAGGCUUAGCACUGUAAGCAUGCGACUAUCUCGCUUCGACAUACGUCACCCGUCACUCUCUCACAGUACUGCACAGAAAGAGGCAGACGAUCUCUGUCGCGGCGAGAAAGAGUCGCGUGCUUACGGUGCUAAGCCAUUAGUAUACAGAAAAGGGUAGAAGUAUAGGAAAGUGCAAUGAGGUGCAGUCAGAUGUGGUUUAACCCUUAUGGCCAAUAGAAAGAACAC